AUGGCUGACCUGAUCGGAGGCGGCACUGCCGCUUCCAACGGUAAUGCCUCGGCUUCCACCCGCCAGCGCACCACUGGCGCCCCUAACCCUACCAGCUCGCCCUCUGGAAUUCGUGGUCCUAGAAUGAUCAUGCAGGAGCGCGCUGCCAGAGAGGCAGCCCGUCAGAGAGCCGAACAGGAACAGAUGCAGUUGGAGAGACAGCGAGCCGAGCAGGAAGCUCGCCUAUUGGAGGAGACGCAGAGACGGAAUGCGGAGCGCCGAGCUGCCACCGCCGUUACUGGCGCUGCCGGAGGAGGAACAGCUGGUGGCGCCGCCAACGUGUCCCAGCAGGACCCCACCUCUCAUCGGCGACCCGUAGCCACCGAUACCCCACAAACCCGAACCAACCCGGGAGGAAGUUCCCGCCAACCUACGACGACUCAGCCGCAGACUCGACACGGCCGAACGGCGUCAACCUCUCAGCCCGGCCAGCAACCCUACAGCACAGCCCCUCAGGCCAGCACCACUCAACAGCCUGCUAACACCUCUGUUCAAGGAGCCCAGGAGUCCGGUGCUGCGGGAUCGAGACCUAGAAACUCAUUCCCCCACGCGUUUGAGCGUUGGGAAACCUUAUCAGCUCACUGGGAGGGUCUCACCAGCUUCUGGAUUCGACGACUUGAACAGAACAACCAGGACAUUGAGCGUGAUCCUGUUAAUCAGGCGCUCUCUCGCCAGGUCACCGACCUUACUGCAGCCGGUGCCAACCUUUUCCACGCCGUUGUCGAGUUGCAGCGCCUCCGCGCUAGUUCCGAGCGCAAGUUCCAGCGAUGGUUUUUCGAGACCCGGGCUGAGCUGGAGCGUGCUCAGGAGGUCAACGCCAUGUUAGAGUCGGCCCUUGACGAGGAGAGACGUGCUAGAGAGAACGCUGUUCAGGCAGCCAUCCAGAAGGAGCGUCAGCACUCCGCCAACGAUGAACGCGUUAGAGAGAUGAAGAAGGAGCUCCAGAUCUCCAAGGAAGAGGCUCGCCGCGCUUGGGAGGAGCUUGGUCGCCGUGAGCAUGAAGAGCGCGAGCGGACCCAGUCUCUGCAGAGCGGUCAGCCUACCAUCCUCGGCGGCGUCCAGGUCGUCCCGAUGACGCAGGGUGCUCCUAGUCGCCACGGCAGCUCUCGUGAGCAGUAUGGUGGCCAGCAGGCCGGCUACGCUGGCGAUUAUUCCCAAGCCCCUGGUGGUCAAUCCAUCCCCGCUACCUCUGGCAACCCCUAUACAUCCGGCGACGCUGGUCAGGAGGGCGUCACCUACACGGGUGCUGGUUCCGAGGGUGGAUACUCUGAAGGUGAGUACGCUAUCGAUGCGCAAGGCCACUUCAUUCGCGAUUCUCAGGGACACAAAGUUCCCUUUAUUGCUCCACCUUCCCCAGUUUCUGACCAAGGUAUAGAAGAGUAUGAAACCCCCGCGACGAACCCUCCCAGUGCCGGCUACCUGCAGACCCCCACUACGUCUGCUGGAGAACAACCGCAGCAGGGAGCCACUCAAGACUAUUCCGGCUCGGGCUAUGCAGCUCCAGGCUGGGAGACUGUCCCUAGACAUCAUCACCCGACUCGCCUGAGCGAUGUCAUGGAAGAGGAUGAGCGCAGCCGCGCCAGCAACAGUCAAGUUGGCCGACACUAG